CGGUAAUGCGCCUUUUCGUGGGUUUGCCAAUCCGCCAUAAAACAGCAGAAGAAGAAGGCGUCGGGGGUGCUGCACGUGAUGGACGUUGACAGGUUGUGAUUGUGGUCUCGCGCGUGAGUUGCAAAAUGCUGUGAUUGCCAACAAUGUGCGGUACAAGACAUAUCACAGAUUCUUUUUUACAACCACAGUACUACAAAUUAUGGAGGAGCCCACAACCUUUGAGCGACAUGUGUACAAAAACGCCUCCGUCUAUCACUAUAUGAAGAUAUCCCUAGAUUUGGAGAAUGGAAAGAGAAGUUUUUCUGACGCACAGUUUAAACAGUUGAUCAUUUCUGCUCUUAAGGAGCUGUAUGGAGAGGUUGGAGCUGCUUUUCCAUUUGAUCUGCUUAAGUUCGAUCCGAGCUCACUAAAAGCUAUACUACGUGUGUACAACAAGGGGCUGGUGAAACUGUGGAGUGCUUUGACGUUGCUGGGAUCUUAUCAGAAUGAGGCUUGUGCUUUUAGGGUCAUACAGGUGUCACCUUUUUUGCUAGCUUUGUCUGGAAAUAGCCGAGAAUUGCAAUUCGGCGAGAGUUUGACAUCUUGAGGAGACCCUACAGACCACAUACCUUGGAAAAAUGACGUUUAUUCUGACCAGAAAUAUUUUCAGCCGAAAUAUGUGCUGUGUUGUCAACUCUGCAUUUUCUGGAAGGCUGACAGUUCCUCCACCUCUUUCAGUAA